CAUGUACACGCCCCGCAUACACACACGGUCCAACAUCAUCACCAUCACGCAGCACGGCCUGUGCCUGCUCGCAAACCCACCACAACUGUCGUGAGCAAGAAACUUGUCGAGGAGUGCGCGAAGAAGCCGCGAAGCCACCUCGGCUCCCAGGUCUACAAGUCGGAACCGUCCGUCCCGCGACUAGAGGCCAUUGACGUGCACGCCAGAGUGAAGCAUCACAACAGCAUGACGCCAAUCCCGUACUUUGAAGGCAAGGAGAAUUGUACUUACACUGUUCGUGUGCCGCGAGAUUACGUCGCCCACCAAAGCAGCUCGGAUCAAGGCUCCUCCUGCUUGGAGGAGAUUUGCAAUCAUCGUCAAGUGUGGGGCACAGAUGUGUACACGGACGACUCGGACGUGGUCGCUGCUGCUGUGCAUUCUGGCUGGCUGAAGGGCGACUUUGGAGAGUUCAACGACGAUCUGCGCGAACUGGAAGCCGAACCUCGCGAAGACGGCGAGGCACCCGCUCAAGAAGGCGGAGAAGCCGAGGACGCAACAGCACCACCACACUCUCUUACCAAUCGACCCCGCAAACCCGCCUCGCCUCCUCCCGGCCGCGACGCGCACAUCACCCUCCUUCUCCUUCCCCCGCUCGAACACUACGCCAGCACCACGCAGCACCACAUUCGCUCCCGCGAAUGGGCAGGGAAUCACGACGGCAUGUCCUUCAUGAUUCACCGGAUCGACUUCGUGGACGAGGCGCCGGGCAGCCGAUUCCGGGAGCGAGGGGCCAAAACGCGCAAAGCGAGGAUU